UGUUCUCAGAAGUGUCGCAAUAUGUUCAUCGUGGAGACGGUGUGCGUGGCCUGGUUCUCCCUGGAGUGGAUCCUGCGCUUCAUCCAGGCUCGCAGCAAGCUGGAGUUCAUCCGCGGGCCCCUCAACGUAAUCGACGCCAUGGCCAUCCUGCCUUACUAUGUGUCCCUGGUGGUGGAUGAGGAUGAUCCGGGCCUGGACCAUGAGAAGGCUGGGGGGACCAGCUACCUGGAUAAGCUGGGCUUGGUGCUGCGGAUCCUGAGGGCCCUGAGGAUCCUGUAUGUGAUGAGGCUGGCCCGUCACUCUCUGGGCCUGCAGACCCUGGGCCUGACGGUGAGGAAGAGCACCAGAGAGUUUGGCCUGUUGCUGCUCUUCCUGUGUGUGGCCGUCACCCUCUUCUCUCCGCUGGUCCACCUGGCCGAGAGCGAGCUGACCGAAGCCCAGGACUUCAGCAGCAUACCAGCCUCCUAUUGGUGGGCCAUCAUCUCCAUGACGACAGUGGGCUACGGCGACAUGGUGCCACGCAGCAUCCCGGGCCAGGUGGUGGCGCUGAGCAGCAUUCUGAGUGGCAUCCUCAUCAUGGCCUUCCCUGCCACCUCCAUCUUCCACAUGUUCUCUAAGAGCUACCAGGAGCUCAAGCAGGAGCACGACCGCCUGUUCAAAGAGGAGUGUGCGGCUGCAGCGGCCCUGGCGGCAGCCAGCAGGGAGGGUCAGGAGGGGAGCGAGGACUUCCCGCCCCCAGGGCUGCGCCACAUAUGCCCAGACACUGAGAGCACUCGCUCCCUGGAGUCCCUGCUGGGGAACGGUGGCAUGGUCGCAGGGAAUAACCAGCAUAGCCACAGCCCCAGGCUGCCAGCAGGAGCCUUCUAGACAGACAGACAGACAGACAGACAGACAGACAGACAGACAGACAGACAGACAGACAGACAGACAGACAGACAGACAGACAGACAGACAGACAGACAGACAGACAGACAGACAGACAGACAGGCCUCACCUGGCCUGGCCCACAGACCUCACAGCACACUGGGAACAGGGAGGCCUCAGCAGGUUUACUAAUCAUAGACUUAAUAGAAGAU